AUCAAAGCCGGCACAAGCAGUCAGACACUCGUUCCUACGUCGUCUUCUGUGUUUACACUUUACAGACUACUUUUAUUUGUCACUUGCCAAAAUUACUUGUGUUUUUUAUCGAAAAAUAUCCAAGAGUCAAAAUGCCGUACGCAAACCAGCCUCUUGUUUACAUUUCGGAAUUGACAGAAGAAUUCAUCAAGUUUCAAGUAGAAGAAACUGAUCUCAGUGUCGCUAACAGUUUAAGACGAAUAUUUAUUGCUGAAACUCCCACAAUGGCUAUCGACUGGGUUCAAAUAGAAGCUAAUUCGACAGUUUUAAGUGAUGAAUUUCUAGCUCAUAGAGUUGGAAUGAUUCCAUUGACAAGUGAUGAGGUCGUUGAUAGAAUUCAAUACACAAGAGACUGUACCUGCAUGGACUUUUGCCCUGAAUGUAGUGUAGAAUUUACUCUUGAUGUCAAAUGCGGGGAUGAAAAAACAAGACACGUCACAACAGGAGAUUUAAAAACCAGUGAUCCCAGAGUAGUCCCGGUAACUAGUAAAAGUAAUGAAGAUGAAGAAUACGGAGAAGUAGAUGAAAUUCUUAUUGUAAAAUUACGUAAGGGACAAGAACUUAAACUUAGGGCAUAUGCUAAAAAAGGUUUUGGUAAAGAACAUGCAAAAUGGAAUCCGACUGCAGGAGUAUGCUUUGAAUAUGAUCCAGAUAAUUCAAUGAGACAUACUUUAUAUCCAAAACCUGAAGAUUGGCCUAAAUCUGAAUAUUCUCUGUUAGAAGAGGGCGAAUACGAAGCUCCAUUUAACUGGGAGAGUAAACCCAACAAGUAUUACUUCAAUGUGGAGGGUAGUGGAGCUUUGAAACCAGAGAACAUUGUACUUAUGGGUGUCAGUGCACUUAAAAAUAAGUUAUCAAAUUUGCAGACCCAACUCAGCCAUGAAGUUCAAAAUGACGCUCUUAGUAUACAUCAUUAAGUUAAUUGUUACAUUGUAAGACGUGAAAAAAAAAAUUUCUUAGAAAUUUGUAUGAAUAUUUUUAUAUUAAGAGUAUUAAAUUGAAUAAAAUUACAAAGAAUGAUCCAUUCAAUGAACAUUUAUAAUAAGUUCGCAAAUUUAAAUAAAAAUUAUUUUGAUAAUUUGAGAA